UAUUGCAAAAUGUAUUCCCUUAAGUUGUUUUCGUUAUUCUUAUGUUUUAGUAUAGUACAAUGUAACUCGUAUGGUUAUCAUAAAUUGGUGGGCAUACCGAGGGCGAGGGUGAUAAAAAUAGCUGAAGGGAUGUCUCGUAUCGUCGGAGGAUCUCAAGUUACAACGCUCAACUCUUUCCCUUAUCAGGCUGGUAUUGUAGCCACUCAGACUACCGGUGCACAAUCUAUUUGUGGUGGAUCGUUAGUGUCUACAACCAGAGUCCUCACAGCCGCGCAUUGCUGGAGAGAUGGCCAAAUGCAAGCGAGAAGAUUUACGAUCGUUCUUGGCUCUUUGAGAAUAUUCUCCGGUGGUACCAGAAUAGACAGUAGUGAUGUUGUCGUACAUCCACAAUGGAAUUUUAACGAUAUAACUAAUGAUAUUGCUAUGGUUAAAAUUACAGCUGUGAAUUUAAAUGCAAACAUACAACCGAUUGCUUUGCCAACAACUUCAGAAGCACGAGAAAAUUUUGCCGGUCUAUCCGGUAUUGCGUCUGGAUAUGGCAAAACUAGAGAUUCACAAAACAGUUUUCCGUCGACGACAUCGCUGUACCAAGUGACAUUAUCGGUGCUCACAAACGCGCAGUGUCAACAGAGGUUCAACAUGCCACUGCAUAGCAGCCAUCUUUGUACUGACGGUGUUCGCGGUGUGGGAACUUGUGAAGGCGAUUCCGGUGGCCCAUUGAGUGUAGUUUGGAAGAACCGUCGCACAUUGAUUGGUAUCGUGUCGUUUGGCCUAGGGGACGGAUGUCAACUGGGUCUCCCUUCAGUCUACACACGAGUGACCGCCUUUCUUCCGUGGAUAAAUACUAACAUGUAGAGAUAAUACAAAAAAAAAAUGUCUUAUUUAACUAUUUGUUGCCAACAACUUCGUUCGGAAUACGACUGAAUAGUUGAUGCCCUAUUGCAGAUUGUAAUUUAUCUAUGUUUCAAAUUUCAUCCAUAACCGUGGUAUAAAGCAUCCAUACAUCAAUCCAAACUUUCGCAUCUAUAAUAUUAGUAAUAUUACACUGUUAUAUUUCAUUUACAACGUCUCAAGUUGAGAAGUUCUUUAGUUGAAUACAUUCUUUAUUGAAAAAUAUUUUCUAAGGUAACGAAACUUUAUUUUAGUACAAUAUUUUAUAAUAUAUUUACGGUAAACUUACUCUACGUUUAUGUUUUAAUAGUGGUAGAGUUUGCAAUAAUAUUUAGAUAUAAGGGCUGGUUCGACCGGUGCAAUACGACUACACAGAAGACAGGCAUCAAGUGGAAGUAAUUCCGCGCUUUGUCUGAUACGUGUACGUGCUAAAAACUUUAG